AUGCAGCAGGAGGAGGCCGAGGUGCCCUUGGCGCCCGCCCUGGCCAAGGCGUUCGGCCGGGCGCCGGACGGCGCGCAGAUAGUGGAGGAGGAGGUGUUCAACCUGGUGUUAUGCUGCGAUGAGGCCAUGCCAGCCGCCCUCCAAACCAUCAAAUCAAGGAGCAGCCUAGGGCCCCAGGCAGAGCGGCUGAUGUCCCUCAUCGACACCAUGCGGCCUGACCCCAGGCCGGCCCCAGCCUACGAGGCGCUGAGCGCCGUGCCUGUCAGCACAGCGCUGCUCUUGCUGACGCUCCUCCACGAGCUGGCAGAAAGGAGGCAGGAGGACAGAAUGCCAACCAUGCAGAAGUCCACCGCCACCCUCAUCGUGGACAAGUGGACCAAGCACAUGGCGGCCCUCGCAGGCUACGGGCAGGAGGAGGUGCUGCGCGCUCAGCGGCAGGAGGCGGCGAUGUCGGACGCAGAGGCGGUGGCCUUCAUGGUCAGCCAGCUGCAGCGCCUUGGGAUGCAGGGGUUUGACGCGCGGCCUGCCUCAGUGCAGGAGGUCAUCGAACUGCUGCGCAACUCCGUCGAGUGA